AUGGCUGUAAGCGCAUCUUUUCAUCGUAAUGUACUCUUAUUGUCUCAAGUAAUUCAACCUAGUGAUGAGUUCAAGAAACAUUUCCGUGAGGGUAUGUUCGAUAAACCCAAUACAGCAGGUUUCUUACAUGUUUCGUAUUAUUUAUUAACAAUACAUGAUUCAGAUCGCUUUAAAAGAAUAGUUGAAUGGCCAGUGAAUUGUAAAAAAGCUGAAGCAACGUAUCGUAACAAUGUUAAAGACUAUUUAAUAAGUCUAUCUGCUGAAAAUCCUGACAUUGGUUUCCCAAAUAUACUUAUGUCUCAUUUAAUUCAUGCAGGUGGAAGAAAAUUUACUAUCAUUAUGUGGAAAUUAUCUCAAGUAGUUAUAAGAAGAUAUAUUACCCGGGAAACCACUUACAAUGUUAUAUUUGCACCACAAGUAGAAAGAAAAUUUAAUAAAAAUAAAGGACAUUUACCAAAAAAGUUUCUACAAAAAACCAAUGCAAAAAUUAAUUCUGACAUUUUAAAUCAACACAAAAAUUUAUCAAAAAUGGAAAAUACAACUAAACUUAUUUUAGAAAAUGAUGAUUAUGUAUUACUUUUAGUGUGGAAAAUGAAUAUAAGUGAAGGUUUAAAUCGUAUACAAAAAAAAAAUGUAACUUUGAAAGAUACAGAACAGCUUACUCUGAACAUAAAUAAUAUAAUACUAAGUAAUAGUACUGAUAUUAAAAUAUUAGAUGCAACACAAUUGCAAAAAGUAAAUCAUUUAGAAAUUUCUGAAUUAUUUUCUCCAAAUAUGCAAUGUCUUCUAUUUCAAUUAUAUAAAAAUGAUAAAGUAAUGUUAAAUAAUUUUAUUACAUUAUUCAAUCUUCUUUUAAUACAAUUACAUAAACAGAUAAAAUUAAAUACACUAGACGACUUUUCGGAAUGUUUAUUACAAAUAGAGGCUAGUAACAAAGAUGUAAAAGCAGUAUUGAAUAUUUUCCAAUCAUAUUUGUUAGAUAUCACCAAUGAGAUAUCAAAAACACAAGAUGUUCUAUAUAAAAAAAAUGUAAUACAGGUUUAUGAUGACACUGCAUUACCUAUAAUGAAUAAUAUGCUUAUAAUAUUAUCACCCCUUAUUAAAAUUGAUACAAAUUGUAGUGACGAAGAAAAUGAUCUUCAGAAACGAUUACAACUAACUCCAGUGGAAGCUGCAUAUAAAUCAUUGUUCUCGAGGUAUGAACGUUUAAAGCAAAACCAUGUAUCACAUGGAUCAAAGUUAAGAGAAAAUUUGUUGGUGUCACGAAUUAAUUUUGAUGAUACAAUGACAACCACAAAUAGUGAAAAACAAUCUUUUCAUCUACAUACAAUAUCAUCGAGAAAAAAUGUUUCAUCGUUGAAACAAACAGAAAAAUAUUCCCGACUAUUUUCUACCCGCAUGAAGAGAAAUAAAAAGACAGCAAAUUCAAGCAUAAUGUCUAUAUCCUGUUCUUCAAAAGCAAAUUCGACUGCAAUUACAAAUACAAUUGAAGAAAUGCAUGAUAUAUCAGAACUCAGUCUAAACAUUUCAGCAAAUAGUCUCCCUAGUAUAAAUGUAGAGUUUAUUACUCCUGAAAAACUCAGUGUCAAACACAAUAAGUUGGGAAAAACAUCAGAAAUGGAAAAUGUGAUAAAUGAUUUCCCAAAUAAAGAUAAUGUGCUUGAUAUAUGUGAAACAAUAAGAGAAGAAAUUAAAAAUAAUUAUGAUAAUAAUAUCAUUAAAACUAAACAAAAUAAACAAAAGAGAAGUUCAAUUGGAGAUUUAGUUGAACGUUAUAAAAAAUUGCUUGAAGCCAGCAGUCGUACAUCAAGUCCUAAAAUGAAUUAUAUAAAAUGCGAUAAUGAAUAG